AUGGCACGAGGAAGAGUAAUCGACUCGGAGACUGAUGCACCCGAGAGCUCUCAGCCUACCGACUCUUCUGAUUCUGAGGUCGAUGGCAUUGUGCUGUCCGCAAAGACAAGCCCUCGGCGGCUUGUCAAGGCUGCUCGCAGUUAUCAAGGCAGCAGGAAUAAGGCACGUGCGACAAUCCGCGAGUUAAAAAGGCAGCUCGCAGACGUCAGCAACAAGCGGGCCCUAUCGGAUACAGACCGUUCCGACAACGAGGAGGUACCUCGACGAAGGCGCAAAAGAAAACGGGUGCGGGCAAGUGCCGACAGCCAGGAAGAGCCCACCGUUUCAGACAUUGAGGCCGUUUCACGCGCGGCGCGGGAGUUCACGUUACUGCGAGGUCUUUGGUUGGUGCAGAAGGAUAUAUUCGGCACUGCGCUUGACGAGGACUUCGAUGAGAGGACUCGCUUCGACAGCGAGACAAAUAAAAUCCAAGGGCAAGUACGGGAAGUACGGGACAUUCUUCCUGCCCAUGUACGUGAGCACAUGUCCGAGAGAUGGAUUGAACGUGUGUUCGUCAACACGAUGAACUCUCAGCGUUCAAAUACUGCUACAAGGCUCCGGCGCCGUUGCAUCGAUCUCUUUGAGAAGCACGACAAACCUCACGACUUGCCUGACCCCGCCACAUCUGCGGAUAUGCUGUCAUCGCGCCAGCGGUACGACAAAUUCCGGCGUCUAAUCGGCUGGGUCCAGCUUGAAGACAGCGAGGGGAAUACAAGCAGCCGGUAUUCGUCGAUGGAUGCCCCAGUCAUACACGAGAACUAUGCGGAAAGAUUCGAGAUAGAGAGGGCGUUUCGGAACCCUUUGCUCAUGCACAUAUUCGUUGCACUUAUCCGCGGACCCACUUCAGCGACAACUAUGGCAAUGACGGGCCGGCCGUCAGCGCCAACCACAGAUAGCAUGGAGCAGAUACACGGCAUAUCACAUACUACACCGGGCGCGAUUGCCGCCUGCGCUGUCCUUGCUCGCUGGGCACUAUCUGCUGAUGAUCAACUCAAGGCUGUGGGCAUCCAAACCGGCAUUAAUUGGUCUGCUGACUUCCAGCAGUAUCUCCGACUCCUCAUGACGGGCUUAAGAAAGAAGAAGUCGAGUACCUUGGGUCUUUUCCGGGCAUGGGACGAGGCGAUCUUUCCGCACUCUGACACAAGCCUCGCGAAGGGAACACACCCUGAGCGUUCGUCUGAAGAUGAUUUGAACCGUGCUUUGGAACUGCUGGAGGCCGAUAAUGGAAGGAGCUCGAGUGAGGGAUCAGGGUCAGAUGAUGGGGGAGGCUGAUGACCAUCCGUAAUAGCAUGUAGUCUCUCUCCGUCCAAUGUAGAAUUCGUAUGCAAAGAUCGUC